AUGCCAGGCUCAGAAACCGCCUUAAAAGAACUCGUGUGCAAGGUUUUAGGAGACCAUCUUCAGGCGGGGUUUGUUUCGAAGUUAGCAGACGAUUUAUACUGCGAAGGAAACACCCAAGAGGAACUUUUACAAAACUGGAUCAGUGUAAUGUCAGCCUUAAAUGAUUGUGGACUUACGUUAACGGCAGGAAAAAUAAUCAUUUGCCCACGCUCAACGACCAUAUUAGGAUGGAUUUUGACACGGGGGCGUCUUUCUGCAAGCCCUCACAAAGUCUCAGUCCUAUCCACAUGCAAACUUCCAGACACUGUCCAUGGCUUGCGCUCAUUUAUUGUGGCCUACAAGAUGUUAUCCCGCUUCCUACCAAGCUGUUCACAUACAAUUGCUCCUCUCGAAAGUGCCAUCAGUGGCCUUCAGUCAAAGGACAAAAUCAAGUGGUCAGAAGAGCUGAUUGAGAACUUUAACAUAGCCCAAUCAAAACUUAAAGACUCCAAAGAAAUCUACCUUCCAAGGAGAGAUGACCAUUUGUGGAUUAUCACUGAUGGGUCCGUCAGCAAAUGUGAAAUAGGAGCGACUCUAUACAUAAUGUGUGAUGACAAAGUCCGUCUCGCUGGAUUCUUCAGUGCCGAAUUACGAAAGCAUUAA